GGAUCCGUGCGCGCGCGGAGCUCCCUCGUGCUGCAACUCCACAUUUCCUCUCCCUCUGCUGUUGGACACAGAAUUGGAUUUCGUGCAAAGCCUGCCGGGUGUUCCUCUGAGACCCGCUAACGAUGAUCAGUCAGCACAAGUGUUGGGAGGCCGGCAUUUCUCCGCUGCCAACCUUUUAAUCGCUCUGGAAAGACGCCUCGCGCGCGCUCGAAAUGACUCCCCUGUUUUAAUCUUCCGCCUCUUUAUCCAAAAUGCAAUUAAUAUGCGCGUGUGUGGGCGGCGUUUUCCCCGGGAUUUAACGCCAAAGACGCAACGAGCCAGCGCAGUCUGCGUGUGAGAAGAUCUUCGGAGAAGUUUGACUGCGCACCUUCUUCUUGGGCGGGAUGGGCGAUGGAAUGCGCUGCAGCUCCGCAAUGACACGACUGUGGCUCUCCGCUCUGCUCUUUACCGCCACCUACCGGCUGAGCAUCUGCCAGGAUGUGGCUGGAACUCCCAAAGAGGCAGAACUAAACGACAACAUCACCAUCUUCACCCGCAUCCUGGACGGACUGCUGGACGGAUAUGACAACAGGCUUCGCCCCGGACUGGGAGAGAAAGUGACGGAGAUCAAGACUAACAUCUUCGUCACGAGUUUCGGUCCAGUCUCUGACACAGAAAUGGAAUACACCAUCGACGUGUUUUUCCGUCAAAGCUGGAAGGAUGAGCGGCUGUGCUUCAAAGGCCCCAUGGAAAUGCUGCCUCUAAAUAACCUCCUGGCCAGUAACAUCUGGACGCCCGACACCUUCUUCCUCAACGGGAAGAAGUCCAUCGCUCACAACAUGACCACGCCGAACAAGCUGCUGCGCCUCAAAGAUGACGGGACGCUCCUGUACACCAUGAGGCUUACAAUCUCAGCAGAAUGUCCCAUGCAGCUGGAAGACUUCCCCAUGGAUGCUCAUGCUUGUCCUCUAAAAUUUGGAAGCUAUGCGUAUCCCGUCUCUGAGGUGGUCUACACCUGGACUCAAGGAGCAGCCAAGUCAGUGGUCGUCGCAGAAGAAGGCUCGCGGCUCAACCAGUACCACCUGAUCGGUCAGACUGCAGGAACAGAAGACAUCUACACCAGCAGAGGUCAAUACACGGUGAUGAUGGCCCACUUCUACCUGAAGAGGAAGAUUGGCUACUUUGUGAUCCAGACCUAUAUGCCGUGCUUCAUGACUGUAAUUCUGUCUCAGGUUUCGUUUUGGCUCAACCGCGAGUCUGUGCCUGCACGAACAGUCUUUGGUGUGACCACAGUGCUCACCAUGACCACUCUCAGCAUCAGUGCUCGAAACUCCCUGCCUAAGGUGGCAUAUGCCACUGCCAUGGACUGGUUCAUCGCCGUGUGCUACGCCUUUGUUUUCUCCGCCCUGAUUGAAUUUGCCACUGUGAAUUAUUUUACCAAGCGGAGCUGGGCUUGGGAUGGAAAAAAGGCCAUGGAGGCUCAGCAGCCCAAGAAAAAAGACCCAUUAGCUCUUUCAAAGAAGUCAAAUAACUCCUGUCCAGCUGGUGUAAAUUACACAGCCAACCUCACAAAGGACGCAUCCAUUUCCACCAUCUCAAACAGCACCACCGUUCAGCUCAAGCCUCCUGAAACCAAGGCCCCAGACCCCAAAAAGACUUACAACAGUGUGAGCAAGAUUGACAAGAUGUCCAGGAUUGUGUUCCCCGUCUUGUUUGGGACCUUCAACCUGGUCUACUGGGCUACGUAUCUCAACAGGGAGCCAGUGAUCAAAGGAGCGGUGUAGGAUCCAAAACCGCCACAGGAUCCGAUGAACACCAUCACAAACGAUGCCAAGCAACCAGUCCUUGUAUCAGACACGUUUUCCUUUACAAUUACACAGCAUGUUUUUUGCUUGUCUUUGUUUUUCUUUAGUUUAGACAUGUACAACCAACAACCUAAAGAGAUGCAACUUUCACAUCCAGUUAUUGACUAACAUUUAAUUUUGGAGUUUUAGCAUUUGGCAUUUAUAUUUUCCCAUUGAGUUGCCAGUAAAUGAUAGUACAACAACGCCAAAUGCUAUGCAAAACCACGUUUUUACUGUUUUAUUACUCAGUACUGGCAAAUACCUUUGUAACUCGUCUUUAUGUACAGUAAAAAUGGGCUUGGGCUCCAGAAACGUGAGGCUGGACCGAGGCACAUGGAACUUUGCUUCCUUGUUAAAAGCAGAUGAAUAGCCAUGCUCAAUGUGUUGCCUUCAGGGUGCCAUAGCUCUCUAUGGAUCCACUGAGAUCUCCUGCAACUACUUUUUUCCAAAGCUAGGUUUUCAACAAUUAAUAUGUGUAGGUGGACUUGUUUUUGUUUCGUUUUUGCUACUACUACUAUUACUACUCUUGAACGAGAAUGUCUUGUUCAUGUCAGGUUUGGACACAGUCGAGGUUGCAGCGUUUCCAGGUAACAAACCAUAUACGUAAGCAAGGACACACAGCAGUACUAAGAAAUGUGUAUAGACGCCAUGCUUUCAAUACAGCACCACUAAGCCAGUCAGCCUAGCUUGUAUGUAACGCAUAGACAGCAGCAAUGCUAGCUCUUCAUUACAGACAUAGUGAGAUAGUUUAAACUUUUGCAGUUUUAAUAGUAUAAGAAAGUUUUUUAUUGUUUCUAUACAAGUUUUUUGAGGUUUUUUUUUAGCUUAAUGACUGCAUUUUUUCUUAAUAAUAGUUUGUUUGCUUUGAAUAUAUUCUCCAUUCAUUGCAAUUUAAGUUCAGGAUCUACAGAGAAUCAAAACUGCUUUCUAUUAGAAUUUAUUGCAGCAUGACCAUUACAAAGGAUAAACGCUUUUUUUAAUUAAGUUAUUUGACUUUGUCAGCACAAAUCAUCUUCAUGACAGCUUCAUAUUUUUUAGGGAUCAAGGCUUUAAACCAAUAAAAUGAAGAAAUUGUGGAUUUACAAUUCAAACAGUUGCCAGGAUCGGCUCAGGUAACCCUGAGAGGUAUCACGCUGGGUUCACAAUGGACGCAGAAGUGACGUGGAAGGAGGCCGCUUCUAUUUGGCGUGGCGCCUUUGUUAACCUAUGGUGUGGUUCACACCAGACGCGAAGCACCGCGGUCCUCCGACUCACGCAGUGCACCCAUCGUUUCGGCAUCUGGCCUAUUCAUUGCCUGACCCACGAACGAUCCGCGUUACACCAAGACACAGGAAAAUCUGGUCAAUUUUCACAAUAUAACCAACUUUUCACAAUAAAAUACAGCAAUUGACAAGUGCAAUCAUAUUUCUGAGUCUAAACAGACUUCAGAGAUGAAAAUACUGUAAACACAAACAGCGCACAAUACAAAAACAAACAGACACGCACAGAUCAAUUUAGUGGGGAAAUACGGAGCGGCGGUGUAUGGUUUUGGGUGUUUAAAAAACUCAAUGAGAAAGAGUUAGGGAGCAGUUGACAAAAAGUCAAGAAGGACAAUGUCAUAUUAAUUGUAGAAGCUCUAAAUAACUACAGCUGAGCAGACGCGCCUGUCGACUGUCACAAAAAAAUAUGCGUCUGGUGUGAACUGGAGGUGAAGCACAAUCCGUGCACACCUUGUUACACAGCGCUUCCGCAUCCGGUGUGAACUCGGUGUAACGCAGGGUGAGAAAGUGAUUGGACGGAUGGAUUUAAAAUAAUUUUUGGCAUUGCUCAAGAUAUGAAGUUGUGAAGUCUAACAGGAAGGAAAACUGGGGAAAGUGAUGAUGAAAACUUUGUCUUCAUUAAUCUGUGGAUUGUUAUUUAAUGCUUCUUAAUGUUCCGCUGCAGCCAUGUCCAAUGCUAAAGUUUACAGAUAUUUUAUUUAUUAUUUAUUAAAAUCAAUCUUUAUCAAGUAACUGAGAAAUAGACUUUUGUUUGGGAGUUCAGUCCUCAAAUACCGGAAAAUUCUGCUUGCUCGUGGGUUUUUGUGUAAAAACACUGAACCUCAUUUCUGUUGAACUGUAGUAAUACAGUUUCCAGUGGGCAUGCUAAAGGUGACCCAUAGAUGGUCCUUUUUGAUUUUGAAACACAAAGUGAGGGUAUUAAUUAUUUGGGGGUAAUAAUUCUUUCUGUUAAUCCUCUAAAGUCUUCAUGCAAAGCCCUGAGGUGGCAAAGAGGCGUAUUUUCACGCUUUGUUUUACUCUAAUAAUGACUUUUUUAGACUUAAACGAUUAUCUUUCCACGUUAGCAUUUGCCACUCUGUUGCUAUAAUGCUCAUACUAUAUUCAAACACAAUUUCAGUUUGAAAAACUCUUCACAUUUGACAUUAACAGCAUUUCCUCUGUAUAAAUUAAAGAUGCACAUGAUACAGCUGAUGUCUGGAGUUCAGAUAUCAGAGUAUGGUUAAAAACAACCACAAACUUUCAUUUGGUUCAUCUAUGAGUUGAUAAGAGUGUAAACUUUUGCAUACUAUUCUAAACGGAACCUUUUGAGAACAGAAUAUACAAUAGAAGCACUUUUGAGUGAUCCAUUAAACUCAAAAACCCAAUUAUUUACCAUUUAGCUGAAAUCCUUGAGGUCUGAAUAACCACUAGAGAGUAUCAAGGGACUACUUUUCUAAAAUUAUUAACUAAUCGUUAGGGUCAAAUUUACAUAUUUGAUUGAUGUUCAAUAAAAAAAAAGACAUAAAAUUCACUCUACAGCCAGAGGGCGCUUUUCUUAACUGUCCCCAUGUUUGUUUAUUAGGUUUUGUUGUGUUUCUGCAUUGACAUUUCUUGCAGUUUGUGCUUUAAAUGCAAAUAUAUGAAGCAAUAAAUGAUGAUCAUAACGAACCAUAA